AUGGAUCUACGAGUAGAGAUAAUUCUGUUAGUAGUUGUAGUGAUGAAUAUUGAUCCUAUAUCAUCUCACAAGUAUGGCAAUACCAACUUUGGUCAUGAUUUUGGCGACCAUGCAAUUGCAAUCUCCAGUAGAGGCAGGCGAAUAUUGCAAGCGGAAGAUGGUUAUAUUAGCUAUGCAGCACUUUCUGCCGAUACUAUUCCGUGUAAUGUACGAGGGGCUUCUUAUUACGAUUGCAGUUCACACGUGGAAAUUAAUCCCUAUCGUCGUGGUUGUAGUGAAAUAACUCGAUGUGCUAGGAGCAAUUCUUGA